AUGAAGCCAGACAUUGAAUCCGCCGCCGCCGGCAAUGGCCCCGACGACGGCGGCAGCAUCGCCGCCCCCGAGAAGCCCGCCUACUCAUCGACCACGCAGCUCGACCUCACCUACGGGCAGACGCAGCGCGGCUUGUCCCCGCGGCACGUGCAGCUCAUGGCCAUUGGCGGCUCCAUCGGCACCGGCCUCUUUGUCGGCAUCGGCGGCGUCCUCUCCAAGGCCGGGCCGCUGUCGCUCUUCCUCGGCUACCUCCUCUGGGGCACGCUCUACGUGUGGCCCAUCAACCUCUGCGUCGCCGAGAUGCACGCAUAUCUCCCCAUCCGCGGCAGCAUCUUUGAGCUGGCGGCGCGCUUCGUCGACCCCGCGCUCGGCUUCGCCAUGGGGUGGACGUACUUUUACGCGGGGGUCAUGCUCGUGUGCGUCGAGUACAGCAGCAUCGCGACGGUGAUGCAGUACUGGACCACGAGCGUCAACCCGGCCGUCUGGAUCGUCAUGGCCAUGGCGGUCUGCAUCCUGCUCAACGUCGUGGCGGUCAAGUGGUACGGCGAGGCCGAGUUCAUCAUGGCCUCUCUCAAAGUCCUGCUGCUGGUCGGCCUGGUGCUGCUGACCUUCAUCACCAUGGUCGGCGGCAACCCGGACCGCGACGCCUACGGCUUCCGCUACUGGAAGGGCGGCAACGCCAUGCACCCGUACUACGCCGAGGGCGACGUCGGCCGCUUCCUCGGCUUCUGGAAGGUGGUCCUCUACGCGGGCUUCACCAUUGCCGGGCCGGACAUGAUUGCGCUCGCGGCGGGCGAGAUCCAGAACCCGCGGCGCACGAUCCCGCGCGUCGCCCGGCUCAUCUUCUACCGCCUCGUCGGCUUCUACGUGCUCGGCGUCCUGGCCGUCGGCAUCAUCUGCAGCUCGCGCGACCCGCGGCUCAUCGGCGCCCUGGCCGACACGUCCGCCGCGGGCGCCGCGGCCUCGCCCUGGGUCAUUGGCAUCCAGCGCCUGCGCAUCUCCGGCCUGCCGCACCUCAUCAACUUCCUCAUCCUCAUGUCCGGCUGGUCCUGCGGCAACGCGUACCUCUACUCCUCGUCGCGGACGCUCUACGGCCUCGCGCGCGACGGCCAGGCGCCGAAAUUCCUGAUGCGCUGCACCAAGGCCGGCGUGCCCGUGUACUGCGUCGCCGUCGUCAGCGUCAUCACCUGCAUCACGUUCCUCGUCUCGUCCACGUCCGCGGUGCAAGUCUUUUACUGGUUCGUCGACCUCACCACCACCGGCCUCAUCAUGACCUACACCAUGAUGAUUGUCGUCUUCCUCGGGUGGCACCGCGCGCGCCGGGCGCAGGGGCUCGAGGACGCCGCCCUGCCGUACGUCGCGCCGCUCGCGCCGCACUGGCCGUGGUUUGCGCUCUUCCUCGGCUGCGUGGCGCUGCUCUUCAUCGGCUUCGACGCGUUUGCGCCGUUUAGCGUGCAGGGGUUCGUCACGGGCUACUUUUGCCUGCCGUACAGCGCGGCUCUGUUCAUGUUUUGGAAGCUUUACAAGGGCACCAAGCUGGUCAGGCCCGAGUCGGCGGAUCUGGUGAGCGGCAAAGCAGAGGCGGAUGCCGAGUGUGCGAAGUGGGAGGAGGGUGGGCUGGAAGAGAACUGGCAGAAGGCGCUGGCGGGGAUGCCGUGGUGGCAGCGAUAUUGGGAAAGAAUGUGGUAA